GGAAAAUUACGGAAUUAAAAAAAAAUCAUCACAUUCUGAUUCAUUUCGGUUAAUGUGCUGAGAGCCUGGGCAAUUUUUGGGCGGCAGGCGAUAAAAUCGCAGGUAUUGGUCCAGUGUUGGUUUCAAGUCAGUGACCUUGUUCGUCAACUUUCUUAUCUGUCCUUGGGAGUGGGACAAAAGAGGUUAUCGUUUUCUUAGAUAUUUAUGUAGCUGGAUGUGGACAAAACUGGAAUAUAUUACCAAUAGUUAGAUAGAAUUUGUGAUCAGUUUUUAAAGUGUUCAUGCCUUUCUGCUGUGAAAUUAUUUUGUUCUACUUUUUAGGAAUGUAAUGGAAGUACAUUAUUAAUAUUACUAUUAAUUUUUGUUUUUAUGCUAAUUUAUAAAAAAAAACUGCCUUAUUGUGAAAUAGCUUUGAAAAUGGCUGUUAAAAAUCUAGCUCACAUUCUGAAGCAGACAUUUAAUGUGACAAGAUGUAAUCUAAAGAACACACAACACACAACAUUGAGAUGUAAAAGUGUAGCUGCAGAUACAGUUCAGAGCCAAUGUACACCAAUUGCUGUUACUGCAAUUCCUGCAUCACAUCAGACUGUCAGAGUUAUAUUUAACAACCAUAAAACUGCUGAUUUUAAGACUAUAUGGUUAAGGGACAACUGCAAGUGUUCUGUUUGUGUUCAUGAGGAGACUCGUCAGAAAAUGUUAGAUUCUCCCUCAUUGGAUGUGGCAAUUAAACCUAAGUCAUUGACAGUGACAAACAAUGGAAAUCUGGUCAUUACUUGGCAUGAAAAUGGGCAAGACCAUGUUUCCACAUUUGAUUCUAGUUGGCUUUAUCGAUAUGGCCAGAGUUUUAUUCAUGAAAACUUUGAGUCUGAAGGUAAUGAUGAUCAUCCAAAACGCCUCCCAGUUGUUCUUUGGGAUAGAACUGAAAUAUGGAAAUCUUUACCAGAAAUUUCAUAUAAUGAAGGCCAACUAGUGGAGCUGGUAAAACAUUUUGCUUACGUGAAAGAAACACAGUAUGGUGUUACAUUUGACGUCAUGCAUGAGCCAGAUCCACAAGCACAUCCAGCAUUUAGUGGCUUGUAUUUGCAUCAUCACACGGACAUGAAUUACAGGGAAAAAAGUCCCGGGAUGCAACUUCUGCACUGUCUUAAGGCUACAGACCCCAAAUCCUUGGGUUAUGACCCCGGUGGAAUGUCAUUUUUUGUGGAUGGUUUUCGCAUUGCGAAAUGGUUAGAAGAUAAUGAACCAUCAGCUUUUCAUAUUCUGACAUCGACUCCGGCCAGGUUUCAAAUAAAGACCAAAGGAAAACGAUACUCACAAUUGUGGCCAAUCAUAACAUUGAACCAGGAUGGAGAUGUUUGUGAAAUCCAUUAUAACAAUCGAACCAUGGGUCCUCUGCAAGCUCCUUCACAUAUUAUUGUUCCAUUUUAUCAUGCAUACAAGUUAUUUUCGGAAAAAAUGCGGCACCCUUCUUCGGAGUUGAAGUUCCAUAUGGUACCUGGUGAUCUUGUUGCAUUUAAUAACAGAAGAGUGCUUCAUGGGCGAACAGCAUUUGAUCCUACUAAGGUUUCAAGGCAUCUUGUGGGCUGCUAUGUGGACAUUGAUGAAACUUUUUCGCUGUAUGAUUCACUGCUUUCCAAAUCACAUCAGUAAUGUUUAGCACUUUUUAGGCAUAUGUCUGUAAAGUUUGUGGCUGCAUUACCCACUAUAUAUACCUCUUUACCUGCUAUAUAUAUUCCUAUUUUAUAUUGCUCUAUGGUGAACGUUUACUCACUUUUUAUAUCUGGUAUAUUAAAGUAUUAUUUUUUGUAUACUCCUCGCUAAGUAUCCUAAUUACUUCAAUUUGGACAUAAUUCAUAUUACAAGAACAGAAGAUCUAAGUAAAGAAAUAUUUUAAACUUGUUUCUGAACUAUUAUAAUAUGCUUGAAUUUUAUUGCCUCGAUUAUGUUUGAAUGACUUUGCUGCACUGAAUUUGUAGGAGUCUAGAAUUAAAAUCAUCAUUUCUUUUUUUAGAAAAGCAGGAUAUUGAAAAAUGGAUAAACUAAAAUUCAGAUUGGAUGUAAUCUGUUUUUAAAAGGUCUUUUAUGUAGUGAAUUUUAAACCUAGAUUUGUUUCUCAGAGGUCUCUCCUCUCAUUCACUUCUCACAAUCUUGUUAACAGUAAAACAUGAAUCUCAAAUAUCAACUGAUCCUCUUAUGUUUUUAAAAUAUAGGAAUAUUUUACGAGCUUUUAUGAAACCAUUCUAAACAUGCCCAAUAAUACGAGAUAUUUAGAAAUUCUUUUGCUAAUACUCAUGGACGGGACUCUUCUGUGUCCGUAGUGACCAGGUGGCCCACUGCCUGGGUCGACUAUCCCAGGCCCUUUUGUUUUUUCUGGGUGUUGCUGUUAACUUAUGUCUAAAUGAGUAUAGUUGGUUCCACUAAGAAAGAGGUAGUUGUGGAGGGCUUACCACUUGCCUUCGUAAAGGUCCCCAUGGAAUUUAGACAUUUUGGCCCACAAACAUGCUCUAUCAAGUUACCACAUGUGUGAUUAAGGGUAAAAAAUUAAUUAAUUAUGCAGAAAAAAUGUUUGCCUUUUACAUUUUUGUUGUCUUUUGUAACAAUGAAGAGUUAUUUUUUUCAAAACUUAUGUGCUUCUCACAACAUUUGCAAAACGUCAAAUAUCCAUUGUUAAAAAAUCACAGUUUAAAUGUGCAGCUUAACAAUGAAAGGAAUUACAACUUCUGUCCUCGUUAGAUAUUAAGAAUAUGCUAUGAAUGCAUAAAUAGGUACAUUUUAAUGUUGACAUAAUAUAUCAAAAUAUACUGAUAAAAAAGUACUUAACAACCUAUAUAAAAGCCUAAAAUAGCCAUAUUUUAGGGGGAAAACCAUAUAAACAUGCCUUAUGCAUGAAGUUUUCAAAAUAUCACAGAAACCAGUGACCUUGACAGAACUGUGUUAAAUUUUUUAAAAUAAAGGUGCCAUAAAAAACACUAUUACAAAGUUUGAGAGAGGUUGUAAGCUAGCAUAAAUACACGCAUUUGCAUGGAAAUCUUGCCUGGUAAUAAUAGUAAUUACAGCAUCUUCAUGCUAUAUGUAUAGAUAGAGAGCAAUGUGUUUGCAUAUUUAUGAUUUACUUUAAUGUUAUUAACAGGUUGUGUAUUGCAAUAACAUUUACUUUUGUUUUCUGUACAUAAAAAUGACAAUUUCAAACAAUGUUAAUAUUUUGCACUCGCAUUAACAUUUAUGCCAAGGGUCUCGGAAUAAAUGUUACACACUAUACCAGGGGUCGGAAAUGGUAACUUUUUGCAAAUGCUCAUGCAGUGGGAUAUUCCAUAAAACGGAGUUACAUAUGUUACAAUUUCUCCAGAUUUUUAGGCAACUGUUUAUGCACAAGUAUUCAGCCUGUCAUAUGAUGCAAAAAGAUUCCGUUUAUCUGGCGUACAUCUUUGCAUACAGGUUGCCUAACUACGGGGGAAAUGUUACAUGUGUAAAUGCGAAUUACUCUGUUACAUUCAAUAUCGCACUGUAUGUUCAUUGUCCAAAAUUGACCAUUUUCGGCCUCUCUACAUACUUUAAAUCAGGUUCCCAGCCUUUUCUAGACCCUAUAGAAGCCCCCUGUAGAAGAAAAAAAUUCCAACGUCCGUAAUCUAUACCAGUUAAUUGUACAUGAAAUGUGAAAUAUUUUCCCAAUAUAUCUUUUUAUUUAUCUAUUAAAAAGUAGAAAUUAAUAAAAUAACAACCAUAUCUAAAAUAAAUUAUUAUUUAUACUUUUUUAAAAUGAACAUAAAAUCAGUACGAAAAUUAUUUUAAAAAUAAUAAUAAUAAAAAAAACGAAUUAGCUUAAUUCUUGCCUUGUGGCAUCGCCCGCCGAAAUUGCCUCGACUGCUGCAGCCGAUGUGUUCCGCACACGUGAGCAACAGUUGUUCGUUACAUUUCAUAAAUAUUUUUAAAAUUGUAAAUAAAUAUUUUUAUAAUAUUCGGCUGCUGGAUAGUUAGUUAUGCCAGGUGGGUCGCGCCCCUCUUGACUGCCUUAACCGCCCACACCCUUCCAUUUGUCUCUGGAUCCACUAUCGCCCCCCCCCCCC